AUGAAGAAAGCCCACAAACAACCCACACAGUUAUCAAAAUCAUUGAUAGUUUGUCAAGAAGCAAUAUUGAUCAAACCAGAUUUCCAUUCACAAUGGAAAUUACAUCAAGUAAUCUAUGCAGGUGAUCAAAUUAUAAAGAUUUUGGAUACAGCAAGCUGUAAUUUGAGAUAUAAAAUGGUAAAACAUUGGGAUUUAGAAGAAAUUAAAGUUAUAAGACAUUUUCAUGGUCAUCUUACUAUUAGUGGAGUUUAUUCUUCAAGUUAUAUAUUUGAUCAACCAUAA